AUGGCAAGGCAUGCCAGGCAGGAAGCCUCCAGAGGCUUGCGGACCUGGGGCGAUGAGCUCCGAGAGGAAACGCUCCUGGGGUUGGGGGAGAAGCUCUUCCUGGAGCUCACGGAGAGGGCGCUUGCCGAGCUCACGAAGUCCACGCGGGACGCGCACGAAGCGACCGUGCAGACCUGGAAAGAGUUUGGCAGGAAAAGGGCACUUCACGAGCAGCGCCUGAAUCCACGCUUGGCCGACGCCAACAAGGAGACUGAACUUCAAGAACUGGUCGAAGCAGAAGCACAACGUCAUGCGGAUGCUUUGCAGACCUGCAAAGAGGACCGGGAAAGGAUGGCUGCGUCACUACGGGCUGCAUGCGAUCAUUUCGUAGGCCGUCUGACCAACAUCGCUGAAGUGUCCAUACGACUUCUGGACCUCCUGCCGCUCCACAGUCACUUUGGGGCCUUGCCGGGAGACGAGAAGGUGGAGCCUCCGCGCAUGUCCAUCAAACGCCGGCUGCGGCGCCUGAAUGCCGAGGAGGAGAAGGUCCCAGAGGCCCCGAAUCCCAAAGCGGCGGCCAAGGGCAAAGCGGAGCCAAAGGCCGCCGCGGCCCCCGAGGAGAAGCCCAGUGGUUUGCCGGAGAGAAAGUGGAUCGGCCUUCCCAAAUACGAGCUGCGGGCCUUGCUCUGUGGCGGUGGCUGGCCAGCAGACCCAGUUCUCAUGGAGGAGGAGACCAUCGACGAGCAGAAAGUGCAAGAGCUCACCGAAUCGAUGAGUUCUUUUCGGUCGCCGGUUCACCGAAGCAUCGUUGAUGGCCGACUUCAGUUCUAUGAGCGCUACAAGAAGCAGUUUACAGCAGAGGUUUCCCGGUGGAAUGCAGAGAUGUCGGCAAGAGAAGCCAAAGAAGAGGCUGGAGAAAAGAACUGGCAGUCCAUGAUUCGGCAACUGCGGGGGGAGUGA